GGAGCAGCCCAGCAGCCCGAGCCGCCCUCCCCAGCCGGAUGGGCGGCCAAUGGCACGCGGAGAGCUCGAGAGGGCGUUGCAGGCGGAGGGAACACACGGGAGGUGACAGCUCAAACUCCUCCUAUUCUCACAAUGCUCAGGAGCGCAUUGUGGUGAACAUGGCAGAGGAGGAAGAUUAAGACCCGCUGAGCUGCUGCUGCUGCUGCUGCUGCUUCCUCCUCCUCCUGACCACCGAGCCACUUGUUGGCUGCUCUGAGGCCCCUGUGGUGGACGGCGCGGCGACGGUGCAGGGCUCUUGUGAAGGGAGGCAGCGCUAGCCUUGCGAGCGAGCGGCCGGGUUGCGUUUGUGCGUGUGCUGAAUUCAUUUAUUAAUUCUGUGUGUAUGUGUGUGUGGAAGGCAGGCAGGCAAGACCAGGAAGCGCUACGAAUCCGGGGCUUGGCUCUGCGUGUGAUGAUCCGGCUAUGGAGGGGCAGCGUCGGGGAGCUGAGGAGGCGGCAGAUGCUUGGCCGGUGAGGCGGCUGGCGCGCCAGGGGCCCGCGGCCAGGGGCACAGCCGGCAGCCGUCGCCGCUGCUGCCGGGACCGGGCGCCGCUCGCCCAGUGCAGCAGCAGCAGCAGUAGCAAUAGCAGCAGCAGUUCGCAGCUGGGACUGGGCGCCCUUUGCAUUGCAACUCCGCAUCGCUCGUACUAUUGCGGCUCCGCGUGAAAGGAGGAGGGCCAGCCAGGAGGAGGAAAGGAAAAGCGGGGGGGAGGCAUCGAGAGGGGAAGGGCAGAUUGCAGCAAGGAGGAUUGGAGGAGGAGGAAAGGGGGCAGCCGCCCGCAGCAGCAGCAGCAGCCAUGCUGCCCGGGGUGGGUGUGUUCGGCACCAGCCUGACCGCCCGGGUCAUCAUCCCUCUGCUAAAGGACGAGGGCUUCGCGGUCAAGGCGCUCUGGGGCCGCACUCCGGAGGAGGCGGAGGAGCUGGCCAAGGAGAUGAGCGUGCCUUUCUACACCAGCCGGAUAGACGAGGUCCUGCUGCACCAGGAUGUGGAUCUGGUCUGCAUCAACCUGCCGCCGCCGCUGACCAGGCAGAUCGCCGUCAAAACUCUGGGGAUUGGAAAGAAUGUCAUUUGCGACAGGACAGCCACUCCACUGGAUGCCUUUCGGAUGAUGACAGCUGCGCACUAUUACCCCAAGCUCAUGAGCAUCAUGGGCAACGUCCUCCGCUUCCUGCCUGCCUUUGUGAAGAUGAAGCAGCUGAUCCAAGAGGGCUACGUUGGAGAACUGCUUGUGUGCGAGGUACAAGUUCACAGCGGGAGCCUGCUGGGGAAGAAAUACAACUGGAGCUGCGAUGACUUGAUGGGGGGCGGGGGGCUGCAUUCGGUUGGUACCUACAUCAUUGACCUCUUGACCUUCCUCACUAGCCAGAAGGCUGUGAAAGUGCACGGGCUGCUUAAGACCUUUGUGAAACAGACGGACUACAUCAAGGGAAUCCGCCAAAUCACGAGCGACGACUUUUGCACGUUUCAGAUGGUCCUGGAAGGCGGGGUGUGUUGCACCGUCACCCUCAACUUCAACGUGCCCGGGGAAUUUAAGCAAGAUAUUGUUGUGGUGGGCUCCAGCGGGAGGCUGACUGUAAUAGGCAUGGAUUUGUAUGGGCAGAGCAACAGCUCGCCACAAAAAGAGCUCCUUUUGAAGGAUUCCACCCCAGUCAGCAAUGCCCUGCUGCCCGAAAAGGCCUUCAGCGACAUCCCUUCCCCAUACCUCCGUGGAACUAUAAAGAUGGUGCAGGCUGUCCGUCAAGCGUUUGAGGAUCAAGAUGACAGGCGGACGUGGGACGGGCGGCCGCUCACAAUGGCUGCGACUUUUGAUGACUGUCUCUAUGCUUUGUGUGUGGUGGACACCAUUAAAAAAUCGAACCAGCUAGGAGAAUGGCAGAACAUUGCGAUCAUGACUGAGGAGCCAGAGCUGAGCCCUGCUUACUUGAUCAGCGAAGCAAUGCGCAGGAGCAGAAUGUCUCUGUACUGCUAGGGGUUGAUUUUUCUGUCACCUCUCAGAAAAAGGUGGAUCAUUGCAGUUCUUUCCUAACAGAAAAAACAUGCCAUGUGUCUCAGGCCUUGGACAAAGAAGACAAUAUAGGGAAUAAAUCCUUGCUAUGUAAACCACAUUGCCUAGUUGGUGCUGAAAUAUUAGAUGCGUUCGAAAUGCUUGCUUUGAUAGUUGUUCGAGACUCUGUUAAAGAGAAACUUGCAUUAACUGUUUACAAAAUAGCAUUAUAGGAAGGUAGAACAGCAUCCAUUUACAACCUACAGGUGCAUAGCUGAUGCAGUUGCGUUUACUGUGAAUAAAAGGUUUGGGGAGGUCUAGUUUGAGACAUUCUGCAAAGCUGGUGACUUAUCAGAAAGCCCCUUCCUUGCAGAAAGCAAAACUGGCUGGCUUCUGACAUGGGCACUUGCAGUCCCGCUGAUAAUAGCAUGCUAAUUGAUUACUGCAUCAUUCAGUAACCCAUGCACCUGUAUCAGUUUCAUAGAAUAAGAACACUUUGGGUAUGACUGUGUUGUGUGACCUGGAAAAUUUGGCAGCUUGGUUUUCAUAGUUAAUAAUGAAGGUUUAUGUUCUGUUUGGACUCCCCCCCCUUUCAAGGUAACAGAAACAGAAACAUGUAUAUUUUAAAAAAUACAUGCAGCUCCAAAAUAGCAGCAUGUUUCUCCUAGGGCCCUGGAAGAAUUCAAUACGACACACAACAAUAUGCAGAGAAAUAAGGGAAAUUACUUACAGGGUGACCAGCCAGUCUCCUUAUGUUCUCGGAUUGUUGAUAAAUUCCAGAGAGACAACCAUGUCAGUCUGCCAUAGCAAAACUAAUAUAGAAUCAUAGAGAUGGAGGGGACCCUGAGGAUCACCUAGUCCAACCCCCUGCAAUGCAGGAAUAUGCAGCUGCCCCUUACGGGGACCGAGCCUGCACCCUUGGUGUUACCAGCACCUUGCUCUAACCUAGUAAGCUAUCCAUGUUUAGUACUGUGCAAAAGCUUUCAUGGACCAGAGCUUACUUUGUUAGAUGCACAAAGUAGCCCAUCAGACAAGGCGUGUACGGUCUACAAAAACUUGAUCGUUUUUUUAAGGUGUCACAGGACUCUUUUUUUCUGACUUGGGGUUUGGUCUUUAGGGCCCACACUAGGACAAGAUUUUCAAAAGCAUAGGUUUCAACAAAACCUAACAUGUUUUAGGAGGAAAUUGCACAAAAACAGAGCAUGAUUUGUCCAAAGUCUAGGUGAGAUGUAGAGACUGCUACCUGAACAGCUACUAGAUAAUUUUCUCUUGGCUUGCACAUCAUCGCUGAGAUGACAUGGAAGCUUGCACUGAAAAAAUCUAACUGGGUACUUACUCCUAGAACAGUAAAGGAGUUUACCUUUCCUUUUGGUAUCUACUGGACUUUAAAUGUAUUCAGUCCAUUUCACUUCUUUGUAGGUAGUUAAUACAUUAUCUUAUUACUUCCUUGCAUCAUUGAAUUCCAGUUACAUAUUUUUUUUGGAUCAAUGCCUUGAUGCAGACUCUCCUUCCUUCUCCAACACCUGAAGAGGUUGCCUGCAUUUGGAGCAGUAGAUGGGAGACUAAAAGAUGAAAUGAAGGAAGAGUGGGUAACAGCACUCCUACUAAAGGUUAUCUGUACUAGCCAUCCCUGAUUGUGAUGUGCAACAGCAGGAUGCACAUAGGAUGCAUAUAAGAUUUCUGGGCAGAGGAGCAGAUUUCUGCUAGAUGGCACUGGAGGCAUCAGAUCACGGAAGGGAGGAUAAGCUUAGAAGGGGUGGUUGCAAGUUCCAAGAAAUCUGAGAACUGAAACACUGUGCUGUACGAUUUGACAAUACAAAUAAUCAAAGGCUCUCCAUUUGUGUUGCUGUGUUUCCAGCUACCACCUCUUGAAAAGCACUUAAAUGACUAGCAUAUUAACUGUAUCAUUUAUACUAUUUUAUAGGAUUCUCAUUUUUUUUUAAAGAUUACCCAUCAAUCUUAUUGGUGUCAUUUUGUACCACUGCGGAAAGGUCUAGUCAAUUCAAUCAUCUCUUUGUUUUCCUGUCAUUCUCUUAUGCUGAAUAUCGGUCAGGGUGGUGCACUAACAAUGUUAAAAAGCAAAGAGGAAAAUAGAGUACCCAGUUCUAUAAAUCCUCUUAUGUGUAGAAUUAGCAUGCCUUCAUCUUUCAGUGAUUAAUUGCAACCCGCUACUUAAUCUGGAUCUUAAAUGAUGCCUUGUUUUUAUUUUUUUUAACCUUAAAUCCAAGUGUACAUUUAUUGCUGUAUAUAUUUAUUGUGUUUUACAAGUGUGUGUGUGUGUGUGUGUGUGUGUGUGUGUGUGAGAGAGAGAGAGAGAGAGAGAGAGAGAGAGAGAGAGAGAAGCAAACUAGGUAUAUACAAAAUGUCAUUGCAUGGGCAUUUUAUGUACAGUAGAUAUUUUAAAAGUUAUUUAUCAAACAAAAAGUGUGUGAUAAAACAGAGUCUAUAUUUUAUAUAUCUAUACUGUAGAUAGCAAAAACGAAACCGCAUUUAAAUUAUAGCAAGAGGAUAUGGGAGUAUUUUUUAAAGAAAAGGGAAGGCCUGUGGUGGUUUCUAGCAUUUUGACAGCUUGGCUACUUUUAACGGAAAGUUGAUUUUGUGGCUCUCGGCUGCAGCAAAGUCUGUCCUCCUCCUCCUUCAAAGGAUGAUAUCCGUGUAUUACUUUUCCAUUGCUUGGGGAAUGUAGUUAGUUAUAGCCAGCCAUGAGCAUAUAUGUGCUGCUUAAAACAUGGGUUUCCUGCUGUUCUUACAUAUUUGCACUGUUGGAAUAAAGAGAAGCUAAACAGUGAAUAAAGACAUAAAAGGAAAUGGGA